UUCUAAUUGACUCUUUUCUCCCACUAUUUCUCCUUCCAAAUUCUCUUUGAUUCUUGUUGGUCUUCUCCGAUUAGAUCUUUGAAUCUGUUUCUCUCCUCUCCGGGAACCGGUGGUGGUUUCAUCAUGUGUCUUUUUGAUUUUCCGGCAAUCCUUACUAGGGUUGUGUGUUUGGCAGGUGGGAAGCUGACGAAGAACAUUUCAUUCAGCAGUCCUCUAGCUACUAAUGGUACGAGAAAAAGAUAUCUGCUGGGAAUACGCAGAGAAACUAGAUGGUAACAAGGUUAAAUGCAAGUUCUGCUCUAGAGUUCUUAAUGGCGGCAUUAGUAGAUUGAAGCAUCAUCUCUCUCGCCUUCCCAGUAAAGGGGUCAAUCCUUGUGCCAAGGUUAGGGACGAUGUUGCUGAUCGAGUCCGUUCCAUUUUAUCUGCCAAGGAUGACCCCAAAGAUGCCUCAAUCACCAACAACAAGUACAAGCCUCCACCACCACCACCUUUAUCUCCUCUUCCCUCUGAUGCUACGUCCAAACUACUCUUUCCCUCUUCUCCAAAUGCGCAGGAGAUUGCCGAGAGGAGUAUUUCUCUUUUCUUCUUUGAGAACAAGAUCGACUUUGGUGUUGCCCGCUCACCCUCUUAUCACCAUAUGCUCGAUGCCGUUGCCAAGUGUGGUCCUGGAUUUGUUCCUCCUUGUGCUCUCUCUCUCAAGACUCAAUUGCUGGACUCUGUUAAAUCAGAAAUUCGUUUACAACUGAAAGACACUGAAAAGGAGUGGGUCACCACGGGCUGUACUCUCAUCGCUGAGGCAUGGACCGACAACAAAUCACGAGCACUGAUCAACUUCUCUGUCUCAUCGCCUUCCAGAAUCUUUUUUCACAAGUCUGUGGACGCCUCCUCAUAUUUCAAGAACACAAAAUGCCUUGCUGAUCUCUUUGAUUCUAUCAUCCAAGAUAUUGGUCAGGAGCAUAUUGUGCAAAUCAUUAUGGACAACAGCUUCAGCUACACUGGUAUCUCAAACCAUAUCUUGCAAAACUAUGCAACCAUUUUCGUCUCCCCUUGUGCAUCUCAGUGUUUGAACAUGAUAUUAGAAGAAUUCUCCAAGGUAGAUUGGGUCAACCAAUGUAUAUCGCAAGCGCAGGUUAUAUCUAAGUUUGUGUACAACAAUAGCCCCGUGCUAGAUUUAAUGAGAAAGUUAACAGGUGGGCAAGAUAUUAUCAGAAGCGGUGUCACAAGGCCUGUCUCCAAUUUUCUAUCAUUACAGUCAAUGAUGAAACAAAAAGCAAGGCUAAAACACAUGUUCAAUAGCCCAGAGUAUACCACAAAUCCUAAUAAACCACAGAGCAUGUCAUGCGUGAAUAUCUUAGAGGAUAAUGAUUUCUGGAGAGCUGUGGAAGAAAGUGUGGCUAUUUCCGAGCCUAUCCUGAAAGUAUUGAGGGAAGUUUCUAGUGGAAAGCCCGCUGUAGGUUCUAUAUACGAGUUAAUGUCCAAGGCCAAGGAGUCAAUACGGACAUACUACAUCAUGGAUGAGAAUAAGCAUAAGGUCUUUUCUGACAUAGUCGAUACAAAGUGGUGUGACCAUUUGCAUUCACCUCUUCAUGCAGCAGCAGCAUUCUUGAAUCCCAGUAUUCAGUAUAACCCAGAGAUAAAGUUCCUCUCUUCCUUAAAAGAAGAUUUUUUCAAAGUGUUGGAGAAACUUCUCCCCACUAGCGAUUUACGGCGUGAUAUUACAAAUCAGAUAUUCACUUUCACUAGGGCAAAGGGAAUGUUCGGCUGUAACCUGGCGAUGGAGGCGAGGGAUUCAGUUUCACCAGGUCUCUGGUGGGAGCAGUUUGGUGACUCAGCACCUGUUUUGCAGCGGGUGGCCAUCAGGAUACUGAGCCAAAUUUGCAGUGGUUACAACUUGGAACGCCAAUGGAGCACAUUCCAGCAUAUGCAUUGGGAAAGGCGAAACAAGAUUGACAGAGAAAUAUUGAACAACUUGGCGUACGUGAAUCAGAAUCUAAAGUUAGGGAGAAUGAUAACCGUGGAGACAGACCCGAUUGCCCUGGAGGACAUUGACAUGAUGUCGGAGUGGGUGGAAGAGGCAGAGAAUCCCAGCCCUGCCCAGUGGCUUGACCGUUUUGGGUCCGCCCUUGAUGGAGGAGACUUGAACACCAGGCAGUUUGGCGGUUCUAUUUUCAGUGCCAACGACCAUAACAUCUUCGGCUUGUGAAGUCCUGGUAAGAGGUUUUCAUGAGUUGGUCCAGCGUUGUCGGACGUUAGUUUUAUCUUUUGGAUCGAGAUUGCUGUGUGUUUAACCACACCUCGGUUCGCUCUAUUGUGCAUAAUGUUUUAUAAUAAAGUUUAAGUAAUUGUAGAUAAGCUUUUCUCUCUCUUCUCUCUCUAAAUUUUUCAGAGAGAGAAAGCGAUUCUCGGCAAAGGCAAACUCUUUUCUGGCAUCGAUCGAUUUUUUAUCGGUGAUGGCUGGCUCUCUUCCAGCAUCAGCCGGCUUCUUUAGCGGCGGUGGCUGGCUCCUUUCCAGCAUCAACUGGCUUUUCUAGCGGUGGUGGCUGGCUCCUUUCCAGCAUCGACUGGCUUAUGUAGCGGCGUUGGCUGGCUUUUGGUUAUUCCGGCGUAGUCCGGCGUCAUAUCAUGGUUACUUUUAAUAUCGUCGUUUGUUUUUUUCAAUAAUCUCAUUGGUUAUGUGUUGGUGGAGGCGUUUUAGGCGAUUACUCGUUUAAAAGUGUUUCUUUUCUGACUCUUUCCUUUGAGGAAGCGGUUUACAAAACUCAUCUGAGUUUGGUAACUAAAGUUGAAGAAAAAAAGAAUUUUCCGUCGCUUAUUUUAAAUUGCCUUUAGCUGUUAAUUUCUUUGUUUGGAGCUUCGAUUAGUUUAACAAACAGUUGUGGAGUAAUCAGAUUUAUUCUUCUCUUUUACCCGUUUUCGUCGGAUCUCAAUUAACUUUUGAGGUUUUUGGCAAACGGAGAAGUUUAAUAGAUCUGUAUUAUAUCCUUUAGAUCUGUUCUUGUAGUUAACGGUGAAGAAACAAAAGAAUCAAGGUUCGAUAUUCUCGACAGAUGAUUUCUUUUCACCGGAAUCAAUAGCUCAUACGGCGGAGGUUGUUGUCGGAAAGCUUAAGAUUUUUCGUCCAACACGUGUAUUUGCAACACCAGCUGACGACACGUGUCUCUGGAUGGAAUCACGAUAUCCCAUCUUCUUCCUUAGGCGGUGCCCUUGUUUGGACUCGUUUGGGCUUCAAGUAAUAUAUGUAAACCUUCUUUGUUUGUAAGGCCUUUUGUUAAGUUGGCCCUUGUAUGGUAUGGUACAAUAAAUAAAAUGAGCAACACUUAUGA